AUGAAGAUUCCUUCUCCUUUCGUUACCUUAGCUGGUCUAUCAGCUUUCGCUUCAGCGUCCCAGAUUUUCGCCGGCUCGAACCUCUACUACGCAGCCGGCUUGACAUCGUCACAACAAGACACGCUGCUGUCCGGCCUGCAAGACGCUGGCGUCAAAGUGCUUCGAGUCUGGCUCGAUGGUCAAUCCGGAACCAUCAAGGGAACAACCAUCAACAGCUUCAACAGCCUCCAGAGCAGCAGCCCAUCAAGCUACGACGAAACGGUGCUCAACCGACUCGACGACUUCAUGGCCAAAGCCAAAGGCUACGAAGUCAAACUCAUGAUCUCUAUGCAUAGCUACAAUACUCUGGAAGCACAUGACGAUUUCUAUGGGCAGUGGUAUGGCACCGGCGAUUUCUACACUGAUGCGAAUGCUCUUCAGUACUUCAAAGAGCGAAGCGCUCAUGUACUGGCUCAUGUAAAUUCACAUAAUGGCAAGACUUGGGGGAACAGUCCUGAGUACAUCUUCGCUUUCGAGGCUCAGAACGAGGCUAUGCACGACAAUUAUAAACAGUCGAACGUUCCUGCCCUGGAGCAGUGGCAGUGCACCAUGGCGACAGCAAUCAAAGACAACAUGAAGUGGACCUCAGACAUCCUCGUCACAACCGGCGGUGGCGCCUACGUCGAUGCCUCCCUUCCAGCUGGAUACUUCACCUGCGACGCCCUGGACGUGCUGGCGAUCCACGCAUACGGCGUCGGCGACUUCUCAGAAUCGAAGCUACAGCCUUAUGUCCAAAAGGCCCAAGACAACGGAAAGAAACUCAUCAUGCAAGAAUGGGGUGCGUGCUACUUCGACACUUCCAACAAUCGCUGCAACCCCUCUAGCCCGUUGGCCAGUGGUACGAGAGAUGACAAUAUUGGGAAGUGGGCUCAGACAUUCAACGAGGUUGAGAUCCCGUGGAUGUACUGGCAGAUCUUGCCGAAUGAAGGUCCGCAUCAGGACUGGGACUAUGAGAUUGGAAUCGGCGGGAAGAACUGGGAUACUCUGAAGUCGGUAGCAAAGGGAGCAGCAGGCUAUGGCUCGGCUUUUGACUUUUCGAAGUGGCUCUAG